AUGCAGGCCAAAAAACGCUACAUCCUGGUGAUCAUCUGUUGCGCCUUUCUGGGCUACUGCUACUUCGGUGGCUACCGGCUGAAAUGGUUACAGACCGUGUUCCACAUCCGGGUGCGCCGUAACCCGGACACGCUGCCCUGCUACCACCAGCGGCACUAUCAGUACGCCGACCCGGAGGCAGCGUACGCCGGUGCGGACGAAGUGCCGGACGAUGAGCUGUAUGCGAGUCCACCGGGACUGUACGAGCCGCGGUACCGGGUGGAGGGCAGUCCGAAUCUACGGACGUCGGAUGGUGCUGGCGGCGCGAACCUGCCGGUCAAAUCGUGCCGCAUGGAGACUUGCUUCGACUUUGACAAGUGCACCGACAAGAGCAGCUUCCUCGUAUACGUGUAUCCGCCGGAGCCGCUCAACUCGCUCGGGGCGCCGCCGCCGAUUAGCCAAAACUAUCAGAAAAUCAUUUCCGCCGUCCAGGAGAGCCGGUACCACACUACGGACCCCGAGCGGGCCUGCCUGUUCGUGCUCGGCAUCGACACGCUCGAUCGGGACGCGCUGAGCGAAGACUUUGUGCGAAACGUGCCGUCGCGGUUACAGCGGCUCCCGUACUGGAACAAUGGCCGUAACCACAUCAUCUUCAAUCUAUACUCGGGCACCUGGCCGGAUUACAACGAAAACGGCCUGGGGUUCGACACCGGGCAGGCGAUUCUGGCCAAGGCGAGCAUGAGCGUCCAGUCGCACCGGCCCGGCUUCGACGUCAGCAUUCCGCUGUUCCACAAACAGUUUCCCCUGCGCGGUGGCAACACUGGCUUCGUGGUCAGCAACAACUUUCCCGCCAACAAGAAGUAUCUACUGGCCUUCAAAGGCAAACGAUACGUUCACGGAAUUGGUUCGGAAACACGUAACUCAUUGUUCCAUUUACACAAUGCUCGAGAUUUAGUGCUGGUCACGACGUGCAAGCAUGGGAAGAGCUGGCGCGAGCUGCAGGAUGCUCGGUGCGACGAAGAUAAUCGAGAGUAUGAUAGAUAUGAUUACGAGACUUUAUUACAAAAUUCUACAUUCUGUCUUGUGCCGAGAGGACGUCGUCUAGGAUCGUUUAGGUUUCUGGAGGCGUUACAGGCGGGCUGUAUACCGGUGCUGUUAUCCAACUCGUGGGUGUUGCCGUUUCAAUCGAAAAUUGACUGGAAACAGGCGGCAAUUUGGGCCGACGAAAGACUGCUGCUGCAGGUACCGGAUAUCGUGCGUUCUAUUUCCGCCAGCCGCAUUUUAGCUUUACGUCAACAAACACAAGUGCUUUGGGAGCGAUACUUUAGUUCCAUCGAGAAGAUAGUUUUUACUACGUUUGAGAUUAUCCGGGAAAGACUGCCAGACUAUCCGCAUCGGAAUGGACUGACAUGGAAUACGUCGCCAGGUGCGCUGCUGACAAUUCCAACAUUCUCCGAUACUCCCCGGCGGUUUCCGUUCCUGUUGGACACGCUCGGCUACGCGCCCGGACUGAACUAUACCGCCGUUAUAUUUGUACAGAUCGGUACACAGCUUACACCAAAUACUGCUUUAUACAAGCUAGUCAAAAGUAUUACCAAAAGCCAAUUUGUAGAUAAGAUUUUGAUUCUGUGGGCCAGCGAUAGGGCCGUUCCGGCGAGGAAACGUUGGCCAUCGACCGGUCACAUUCCAAUGCACAUCAUAUCGGGCAGCACGACCGAGAACCGACCGAGCAUAUCCCAAAGAUUCUAUCCCCACGAGCACAUCGAGACUGAUGCCGUCCUGUCGCUGGACGAGGACGCGAUACUGAACACCGACGAGCUGGACUUUGCCUACGAGGUGUGGCGAGACUUUCCGGACCGCAUCGUAGGCUAUCCGGCCCGGGCCCACUUCUGGGACGAUUCCAAGAACGCCUGGGGCUACACCUCCAAGUGGACGAACUACUACUCGAUCGUCUUGACGGGGGCCGCGUUCUACCAUCGCUACUACAACUAUCUCUACACGAACUGGCUGUCGUACCUGCUGCUCAAAACCGUACAGCAGUCGUCGAACUGCGAAGACAUUCUGAUGAAUCUGCUCGUGUCGCACGUAACGCGCAAACCACCAAUUAAGGUGACCCAGCGCAAGGGUUACAAGGAUCGGGAAAGCGGAAGAUCACCGUGGAACGAUCCGGACCACUUCAUUCAACGGCAAAGUUGUCUGAAUACGUUUGCCGCUGUUUUCGGCUACAUGCCGUUGCUGCGGUCCAACCUGCGUCUGGACCCGGUGCUGUACCGCGAUUCGGUGUCCAAUUUGCGGAAAAAGUAUCGCCAGAUCGAACUGGUCGGUAGCUAG